AAGCGCCCAGAAACAGAGGGAGAGCAGGGGUGGGGAGGAUGGACGCCCUGCUUCCUGUGCUGAAGAGUCACCCAGGCCUGGCAGUACUGGUGUGCUCUCUGCUUUUCAGGGUGGUCCACCAGUUGCUGCAAAGGCUGCCUGUGCCCAAGGUGGUGAAGCAGAAUGACCUCCACUCCUGGAAGUGGAGGAACCUCUCCGUCUCAAUGGUGCAUUCCCUGCUGACUGGGGCAUGGGCCCUGACCUGUGUGGUGGUUUGGCCUGAGACGUUGAAAAACAUCCACUCUUACCACACCCCUCUGUCCUACCUGCUCGUCUGCGUCUCAACAGGAUACUUUGUGCAAGAUGCAGGAGAUAUUAUCCUGACAGGACAUGCACGAGGAUCAUGGGAGUUCCUAGUCCAUCACACACUGGUGAUCUGGUGUUUCCUCUACGCCCUCUACACUCAGCUGUAUGUAGCCGGCGCUGUAGUGGCUCUCUUCGUAGAGGUCAACAGUGUCACCCUGCAUCUAAGGCUGUUGCUGAAGCUGGCGGGCGCUCAGUCCUCCUACAUGUACUCCAUCAACAAAUUCACCAACCUCUUCACCUACGUGACGUUUCGUCUAUGCACACAGUUCUACCUCACCUGGUACAUUGUCCAAAACUACUCCUGGCUGGACCACGGUGGAUACUUUCUCGCCUCUAUGAUAGUGAUGAAUAUUAUGAUUCUGAUUUAUUUCUACCGCCUGCUCCGUGCUGACUUCUUCUCCUGGAGUAAAAAGAGCUCUGUUGGACAGAACAACAACUCCAGAAAGUUUCUCAGUGAUUGACUGAGGAAGGUUUACGGGACUGCUUUAUGUUUUUUUUCAGGAUGGGAGUUUACACAUUUUGUCUUUCUCAAACUGUAACUGACCCAAUUCCUUGUGAUGAUGGGUUCCCUAUGUUGUGUCUCAUUGCCAAAGAUCAAACCCCCCCAAAACAACUUUUGGUGGAACAAGUUGUAGCCUUGUUCAGGAGCUGCGUUCCAGACAUGUUACAAAGUCUGAAAUUUGGCUUUUUCACAGGGAAAAAUACAAUGCAACACAUUUGGCUUUAAUUGAAGCCAAAAUUCUGUGUUAAACCCGAUAUUUCUCAAACCCUUAAAUAUGUUACCAUUUUUAGCAUUUACAUUUUUAGUAUCGUGUAACCUUAAAGGCAUAGAUCGACAUUUGGGAAAUACACUUGGCGAGUGUAUAUACAGUAAACAUAAACCUACAGCUAGCAGCCUCUUAGCUUAGCUUAGCAUUUUUUUAAUGCUUUAGAGGAGCUGGUAGCUGGAUUUUGAUACCUUUGGACAGAACCAGGCUAAAAGUACAGACAUAGAAGUGGUAUCAGUCUUUUCAUUUAACUCUCAGCAACAAAGCAUAUUUUCCAAAAUGUGGAAGUAUUGGCCUACUACUAAUAUCUGGAGACUAUAGCCUACAGCCUGCAGACAAUUAGCUUAGCUUAGCAUUAAAGACUGUAAACCGGGGAAAACAGCUUAGCCACGCUCUGUCCAAAGGUAACAGAAAUGCACCUUCAGUUUGUACAACUGUAGUGCUGCAAAUAUAUUUUGAGCCAGGCUAGCUGUUUCCUCUUGUUUUUACAGUCUUUUUUGCUAAGAUAAGCUAGCCGGCUGGCGUUUGUAUCUUUAGUGUACAGAUACAAGAGUGGAAUCAAUCUUCCCAAUAAGCUUAUUUCCCAAAAAAUGUCUUUCGAUUAGUCAAAAAACCCUGUGUGAUAACAUUUUAAUUGUGACAUUGCAGUUGCUAACAGUCUUUGCUAACAACCUAAACAUAUGUUGUCAUAUCUUAAACAUCUGCGUGGGGAGCAGUGUUCUUAUGUAGACCCCUCCCUGAGUGUAUGAACAACUUUCCAGCUGGGAUUUUCUGACUCUGGACCUCGAAUUUUAGCAGCAACAGACUCACACUUUAAUAGUUUGUGUACAUGCUGUACAGUACGUCCUCUCUUUCCAUCUCUAUGAUGCCAUUCGUGGCUGAAGACACACUGAGCUGUGACUGAACUGGUACAUAACACACAAUGUUGUUAAUUUAACUGUUAACACACAAGAACACAGGAUAAUUUAUGGUUCAUAUGUGAAAUCUUUUGGUAUUUAACACAAGUGAGGCUGAAGCUGGAUCUUCCUGCCAUCUAACAGUCUGAUACUUGAGCUCAUCAGGAAGUGGGCCCACAUGAGAAACCCUUCAAAAUAAGAGCAGGCAGUAGCACAAUCAGUACUGAUGUUGCAUCAUGUGUAGUUAGGCUUAAUGUGGAGUAAUAAUACAAGAGUAUCCCCAUUGUGUAGGCCUUUUUUUGCUUGUGUGUAUUAGGAUAUUGAAUGACAACCUUUAGAUGAAGAUGUGUUCCCUCUUCCUCCUCUUUCCUCAGAAAUGGGCAUAUAGCAUUUUGUAAAUAAUGUCCUGAAAUGUGCAUUCCUUUUUUGAUAUAUUUCAAAUAGUAAUACAAGUAAACACCGUUUGAUUUACCGUUGGACUUUAAAUGCUUCCUAAUCUUAUCAUGCCAUGAAUCAUAAGUGCUGAGUGUCGUUGUGAAAAAAACAACUAAUGAUCAGUACAUUUCACUUUCUAUUCUACGCCAAGAAAGUCCAAACAGACAUGGACAGGAGUUUAGAUGUGUUUUACCUGUGCUUCAGUGCCUUUACCUCAGUGCCUUUUAAAAAAAUAGCCUAACAACAAAGCACAGAUAUAAGGAAGCAUAGAUAUAGUGCAGAAUGAUGUAUGUAUACUUUUGUAAAAGCUGGGCCAAAUAGAGAGAUUUUUGAGACAAACAUUGUAAAUUAAUUUCACCAUUUAACCACAAUAGUGUGUCUUGUGCUAAAGUGACAACUGUUUUUUAGGAGCCCCGUAUUUUGGAUGGUUGAGUGAUACCAUGAAUUAAAAGAGUAUUUCAAAUCACAGGGGUAUUGGUGUAUAUUCUUUGUAAUGUACUCUUCUGAUGAGGGUUUGAUGUCGUUUUUCUGUUUCUGUUUUAUAUUCAUGUCGUCACUCACAUUCACGCCUGAGACGUCAAACUACAGUCAGAUAAAGCACUGUUAAGUGCAAAUACAACAAUGUAAAAAUACUCCCUUCGCAAGACUUGCAUUCAAAACCCUGCUCAAGUAAAAUAGGUAUUAUGGCCAAAAUAUACUUAAAGUUUCAAAAAUAAAUGUACUCACUGCAGAAAAAUGGCCCCUGUGUCUGAUGUAUGAUAAUAUAUGACAUUAUUAGAUUGUUCAUACUGAAGCAUCAAUGUAAAAGUAGCAUUUAGACCAGUGACCCCCUCUAAAGGGUCACAUGAUAUCUGGUGAUCUGAGGAUUUGUGUUAAUUUUUUGGACUUUUCUGUAAUCUUUAUUUUGCUUUAUUUGUGCAAUGUUUUAUCAAUUAACCUCUUUGAGCUUUAAACAUU